AAAAAAUAAAAUAAAAAAGAAUGGAAGGAGGAAUACAUGGAGGAGCAGAUGAAUCAGCUUUCAGAGAAUGUUUUUCUCUAGCAUGGAAGAAUCCUUAUGUUCUUCGUCUUGCGUUCUCCGCUGGAAUCGGUGGUCUUCUCUUUGGCUAUGACACUGGAGUUAUAUCAGGAGCUCUGCUUUAUAUCAGAGAAGAUUUCAAGACUGUUGACCGAGAAACUUGGUUACAGGAGAUGAUAGUGAGCAUGGCGGUUGCUGGAGCCAUCGUUGGAGCCGCCAUCGGGGGUUGGGCCAAUGACAAAUUCGGGAGGAGAAGCGCCAUUCUCAUGGCGGAUUUCCUCUUCCUAAUAGGAGCUAUCAUUAUGGCUGCUGCUCCUAACCCAUCCCUCAUUGUCAUUGGCCGUGUUUUUGUUGGACUUGGGGUCGGUAUGGCCUCGAUGACCGCCCCGCUCUACAUAUCAGAAGCUUCUCCAGCUAAGAUAAGAGGAGCUUUGGUCAGUACCAAUGGGUUCCUUAUCACGGGAGGACAAUUCUUGUCUUAUCUCAUUAACUUAGGCUUUACCGAUGUGAAGGGAACAUGGAGGUGGAUGCUUGGAAUCGCGGGAGUUCCAGCUUUUUUGCAGUUCAUCUUAAUGUUUACACUCCCUGAAUCACCUCGUUGGUUAUACCGCAAGGUAUGUAUGAAUGUGUUCAAUAUAAAUAGUGGUGCGUGGAUGUAGAAUUAUUUUUUGUUGGAGGUAAAUC